GGCCCGCCCCUCUUUCUCCCCAGGCCGAAGCCUCGGGACGGCCCUGGAAGCCGACCAUGGCGGCAGUGACCUUGUCCGUGCCCGGGCGGAAGGCGGCCCCCAGGCCUGGCCCAGUGCCGGAGGCCGCCCAGCCGUACCUGUUCGCUCCCAGUGGGCCGGGCGUGGGUGGCUCGCCAGGGGGCGCCGGCACCUCGCCGCAGGUGGAGUGGACGGCGCGGCGCCUGGUGUGGGUGCCCUCGGAGCUGCACGGGUUCGAGGCGGCGGCCCUGCGGGACGAGGACGAGGAGGAGGCCGAGGUGGAGUUGGCCGAGAGCGGGCGGAGGCUGCGGCUGCCGCGGGACCAGAUCCAGCGCAUGAACCCGCCCAAGUUCAGCAAGGCCGAGGACAUGGCCGAGCUCACCUGCCUCAACGAGGCGUCCGUGCUGCACAAUCUCCGUGAACGAUACUACUCGGGCCUCAUCUACACAUACUCUGGCCUUUUCUGUGUGGUCAUCAAUCCAUACAAGCAGCUUCCAAUCUAUACGGAGGCCAUCGUGGAGAUGUACCGGGGCAAGAAGCGCCAUGAAGUGCCACCUCACGUGUAUGCGGUGACCGAAGGGGCCUACCGAAGCAUGCUCCAGGAUCGUGAAGAUCAGUCCAUCCUCUGCACCGGGGAAUCCGGGGCUGGGAAGACAGAAAACACCAAGAAGGUCAUCCAGUAUCUCGCCCACGUGGCAUCAUCACCAAAGGGCAGGAAGGAGCCAGGAGUACCGGGUGAGCUGGAGCGGCAGCUUCUUCAGGCCAAUCCCAUCCUAGAGGCCUUUGGCAACGCCAAGACCGUGAAGAAUGACAACUCCUCCCGAUUCGGCAAAUUCAUCCGCAUCAACUUCGACGUGGCCGGGUACAUCGUGGGUGCCAACAUUGAGACCUACCUGCUGGAGAAGUCGCGGGCCAUCCGCCAGGCCAAGGACGAGUGCAGCUUCCACAUCUUCUACCAGCUGCUGGGAGGCGCAGGGGAGCAGCUCAGAGCUGAACUUCUCCUGGAGCCUUGCUCCCACUACCGCUUCCUGACCAACGGGCCAUCAUCCUCUCCCAGCCAGGAGCGGGAGCUCUUCCACGAGACACUGGAGUCACUGAGGGUCCUGGGAUUCACCCCGGACGAAAUCACCUCCAUGCUGCGGAUUGUCUCGGCCGUUCUCCAGUUUGGCAACAUUGUCCUGAAGAGAGAACGGAACAACGAUCAAGCCUCUAUGCCUGACAAUACAGCUGCACAAAAGCUCUGCCGCCUCCUGGGACUAGGGGUGACGGACUUCUCCCGCGCCCUGCUCACCCCCCGCAUCAAAGUUGGCCGAGACUAUGUGCAGAAGGCACAGACCAAGGAACAGGCUGACUUUGCGCUGGAGGCCCUGGCCAAGGCCACCUACGAGCGCCUCUUCCGCUGGCUGGUCCUGCGCCUCAACCGUGCCCUGGACCGCAGUCCCCGCCAGGGCGCCUCCUUCCUGGGCAUCCUGGACAUCGCCGGCUUUGAGAUCUUCCAGCUGAACUCGUUCGAGCAGCUGUGCAUCAACUACACCAACGAGAAGCUGCAGCAGCUCUUCAACCACACCAUGUUCAUCCUGGAGCAGGAGGAGUACCAGCGCGAGGGCAUCCCCUGGACCUUCCUCGACUUUGGCCUCGACCUGCAGCCCUGCAUCGACCUCAUUGAGCGGCCGGCUAACCCCCCUGGACUUCUGGCCCUGCUGGACGAGGAGUGCUGGUUCCCAAAGGCCACGGACAAGUCCUUUGUAGAGAAGGUGGCCCAGGAGCAAGGAGGCCACCCCAAGUUCCAGCGGCCAAGGAACCUGCGGGACCAGGCGGACUUCAGCGUCCUGCACUAUGCGGGCAAGGUCGACUACAAGGCCAAUGAGUGGCUGAUGAAAAACAUGGACCCGCUGAAUGACAGCGUUGCAGCCCUGCUUCACAUGAGCACGGACAAGCUAACAGCAGAGAUCUGGAAAGAUGAACAUGGGGGCUUCCAGCAAUUCUCUUUCCUUGGCUCCUUCCCACCGUCGCCCCCAGGAUCUUCAGGGAGGCGCGGCUCUGCCAUUUCUCCGUCAGGGGGUGGGUGUUGCUCUGCGACAACGGUGGAAGGCAUCGUGGGGCUGGAGCAGGUGAGCAGCCUUGGGGAUGGCCCACCGGGUGGCCGCCCCCGCCGGGGCAUGUUCCGAACAGUGGGACAGCUCUACAAGGAGUCCCUGAGCCGUCUCAUGGCCACACUUAGCAACACCAACCCCAGCUUCGUCCGCUGUAUCGUCCCCAACCAUGAGAAGAGGGCCGGCAAGCUGGAGCCUCGGCUGGUGCUGGACCAGUUGCGCUGCAAUGGCGUCCUGGAGGGCAUCCGCAUCUGUCGCCAGGGCUUCCCCAACCGCAUCCUCUUCCAGGAGUUCCGGCAGCGAUACGAGAUCCUGACACCCAAUGCCAUCCCCAAGGGCUUUAUGGAUGGGAAACAGGCCUGCGAGAAGAUGAUCCAGGCCCUAGAACUGGACCCCAACCUCUACCGUGUGGGACAGAGCAAGAUCUUCUUCCGGGCAGGGGUCCUGGCCCAGCUGGAAGAGGAGCGGGACCUGAAGGUCACAGACAUCAUCGUGUCCUUCCAGGCAGCUGCCCGGGGGUACCUCGCUCGCAGAGCCUUCCAGAAGCGGCAGCAGCAGCAGAGUGCCCUGAGGGUGAUGCAGAGGAACUGUGCCGCUUACCUCAAGCUGAGACACUGGCAGUGGUGGCGGCUCUUCAUCAAGGUGAAGCCGCUGCUGCAGGUGACGCGGCAGGAUGAAGUGCUGCAGGCGCGGGCGCAGGAGCUGCAGAAAGUGCAGGAGCUGCAGCAGCAGAGCGCCCGCGAGGUGGGCGAGCUCCAGGGACGCCUGGCACAGCUGGAAGAGGAGCGGACCCGCCUGGCAGAGCAGCUCCGAGCAGAGGCAGAGCUGUGUGCCGAGGCCGAGGAGACACGGGGGCGGCUGGCAGCUCGCAAGCAGGAGCUGGAGCUGGUGGUGGCGGAGCUGGAGGCCCGCGUGGGCGAGGAGGAGGAGUGCAGCCGCCAGCUGCAAAGUGACAAGAAGAGGCUGCAGCAGCAUAUACAGGAGCUAGAGAGCCAUCUUGAGGCUGAGGAGGGGGCGAGGCAGAAGCUGCAGCUGGAGAAGGUGACCACGGAGGCGAAGCUGAAGAAAUUUGAGGAAGACCUGCUACUCCUAGAAGACCAGAAUGCCAAGCUGAGCAAGGAGCGGAAGCUGCUGGAGGAGCGUCUGGCCGAGUUCUCGUCACAGGCGGCCGAGGAGGAGGAGAAGGUCAAGAGCCUCAAUAAGCUUCGCCUCAAAUACGAGGCCACAAUUGCGGACAUGGAGGACCGCCUGCGUAAGGAGGAGAAGGGACGCCAGGAGCUGGAGAAGCUGAAGCGGCGGCUGGACGGGGAGAGCUCGGAGCUGCAGGAGCAGAUGGCCGAGCAGCAGCAGCGCAGGGAGGAGCUGCGCGCCCAGCUGGGCCGCAAGGAGGAGGAGCUGCAGGCGGCCCUGGCCAGGGUAGAGGAGGAGGGCGGUGCCCGGGCCCUGCUGCUCAAAUCCCUGCGGGAGGCACAGGCAGGACUGGCUGAGGCCCAGGAGGACCUUGAGGCCGAGCGGGUGGCCAGGGCCAAGGCCGAGAAGCAGCGCAGGGACCUGGGCGAGGAGCUGGAGGCGCUGCGGAGCGAGCUAGAGGACACACUGGAUUCCACCAACACUCAGCAGGAGCUCCGGUCCAAGAGGGAACAGGAGGUGACAGAGUUGAAGAAGGCUCUGGAAGAGGAGACGCGUGUUCACGAAGUGGCAGUGCAGGAGCUGAGGCAGCGCCAUGGCCAGGCGCUGGGCGAGCUGGUGGAGCAGCUGGAACAGGCCCGGAGGAGCAAAGGUACCUGGGAGAAGACUCGCUUGGCCCUGGAGACCGAAGUGUCUGAGCUGCGGUCGGAGCUGAGCAGCCUGCAGGCCUCGCGUCACGAGGGCGAGCAGCGGAGACGCCGCCUGGAGUCCCAGCUGCAGGAGGUGCAGGGUCGGGCUGGUGACGGGGAGCGGGCCCGAGCGGAGGCCACCGAGAAGCUUCAGCGAGUCCAGGCUGAGCUGGAGAACGUGUCUGGGGCCCUGAGUGAGGCCGAGUCCAGAGCCAUCCGGCUGAGCAAGGAGCUGAGCAGCUCGGAGGCCCAGCUGCACGAUGCCCAGGAGAUGCUGCAGGAGGAGAGCAGGGCGAAGCUGGCCUUGGGGUCCCGGGCGCGAGCCCUGGAGGCUGAGAUGGUGGGGCUGCGGGAGCAGCUGGAGGAGGAGGCGGCCGCCAGGGAGCGGGCAGGCCAUGAGCUGCAGACCACCCAGGCCCAGCUGUCAGAGUGGCGGAGGCGCCAGGAGGAAGAGGCGGGGGCGCUGGAAGCAGGGGAGGAGGCCCGGCGCCGGGCAGCCCGCGAGGUUGAGGCCCUGACCCUGCGCCUGGCAGAGAAGACAGAGGCGGUGGAGCGGCUGGAGCGGGGCCGCCGGCAACUGGGGCAGGAGCUGGAAGAUGCCAUCAUGGACCUGGAGCAGCAGCGUGUUUCCCCCACCCCAUCUCCCUCAACCCGGAAGCUCCUGGCAGAUGAGAAGGCAGCGGUACUGCGGGCGGUGGAGGAACGUGAACGGGUCGAGGCGGAGGGCCGGGAGCGUGAGGCUCGGGCCCUGUCGCUGACACGGGCGCUGGAGGAGGAGCAGGAAGCACGGGAGGAGCUGGAGCGGCAGAACCGGGCCCUGCGGGCUGAGAUGGAAACACUGCUGAGCAGCAAGGAUGAUGCCGGCAAGACUGCACAUGAGCAGGAGCGAUCCCGCCGGGCGGCAGAACAGAUAGCCAGCGACCUGCGAGCACAGGUGACAGAGCUGGAGGACGAGCUGACAGCCGCUGAGGACGCCAAGCUGCGCCUGGAAGUGACCCUGCAGGCUCUUAAGGCACAGCAUGAGCGCGACCUGCAGGGCCGAGAUGAGGCUGGCGAGGAGAGGAGGCGGCAGCUGGCCAAGCAGCUGAGGGAUGCGGAGGUGGAGCGCGACGAGGAACGCAAGCAGCGCGCCCUGGCCGUGGCCGCCCGCAAGAAGCUGGAGGCGGAGCUGGAGGACUUGAGAGCCCAGAACGCGGCCGCCGCGCAGGGCAAGGAGGAGGCGGGGAAGCAGCUCCGCAAGAUGCAGGCCCAGAUGAAGGAGCUGUGGCGGGAGGUGGAAGAGUCCCGCAGCUCCCGGGAGGAAAUCUUUGCCCAGAACCGGGAGAGUGAGAAGCGCCUCAAGGCGCUGGAGACGGAGGUGCUGCGGCUGCAGGAGGAACUGGCUGCCUCAGAUCGUGCCCGGCGGCAAAUCCAGCAGGAGCGGGACGAAAUGGCAGACGAGCUGGCCAAUGGCAGCCUCAGCAAGGCAGCCGUUCUGGAGGAGAAGCGGCAGCUGGAGGGGCGCCUGGGGCAAAUGGAAGAGGAGCUGGAGGAGGAGCAGAGCAACUCAGAGCUGCUCAAUGACCGUUACCGCAAACUGCUUCUGCAGGUGGAAUCACUGACUACAGAGUUGUCAGCUGAGCGAAGUUUCUCAGCCAAGGCAGAGAGCGGGCGACAGCAGCUGGAGCGGCAGAUGCAGGAGCUCCGGGGCCGCCUAGGUGAGGAGGACGCUGGGGUCCGGGCCCGCCAGAAGAUGGUCAUUGCUGCCCUUGAGUCUAAGCUGGCCCAGGCCGAGGAACAGCUGGAGCAGGAGAGCAGGGAGCGCAUCCUCUCAGGCAAGCUGGUGCGCAGGGCCGAGAAGCGCCUUAAGGAGGUGGUGCUGCAGGUGGAGGAGGAGCGGAGGGUGGCCGACCAGCUCCGGGACCAGCUGGAAAAGAGCAACCUUCGGGUGAAGCAGCUGAAGCGGCAGCUGGAGGAGGCCGAGGAGGAGGCGUCCCGGGCUCAGUCAGUUCGCAGGAGGCUGCAACACGAGCUGGAAGAUGUCACAGAGGCCUCGGAGUCCAUGAACCGCGAGUUGAACACACUGAGGAACCGACUCCGACGCGGCCCCCUCACCUUCACCACCCGAACCGUGCGCCAGGUCUUCCGGCUGGAGGAGGGCGUGGUCUCGGAAGAGGAGGCCGAGGAGGCGGAGCCUGGGGCUGGGCCGCCACCCCCAGAGCCUCACGGGCCGCCUGCGUCCCAGCCCCAGUGACCCUACCCUGUCCCCAGACAUGGCCCCUCCCUCCCUGGCCUCUGGCCCCUGGCCCCUCGAGGCUCCAGUUCCAGGGACCCUCCCUCCGGCUUCUUGCACUUUGGAAAUGGUGCCACCCUCUGGCACUAUUGCGGGGGUGGCGCUGAGACCUCCUGUGAACCCUAAACACAGAGGAGCAGGCGAGCAGGGAGAUGAGGACUGGGGCUCUCGCUGGGAAGGAAAUCCAGUUGUAGGUGGCAAGCUGUGGUCCCAAAGGGCUCCCCUCCAUCCUUACGUUGUUAAUGAUCUUUAUUAGCAAGGGAGCAUGGCUCCCCUGCCCUCCGAAGCUGGGGUUCCCAUUCCCCCUCCCCCUCCCUCUCUCUCUCUUCCUCUCUCUCCACUCAGCCACUGACCCCUGAAUUUCUUAGCGACAACAUCCUGAGCCCCAGGUCUCUACCAGCCUUUGACCCUUGCAGAGGGGCGGGAUAAGGGGACUCCUUUCCCCCCACCACCCCCCACCAUGCUCUGCCCUCCUUUCCGGUUGCUCUUGUGUGAUCACAUUGCGGUUGGAUUUUCCUGUGGGGCCUCUCGCAGCAAUAAACUCCAACCCCAACAGGA